CUGGUGGCACUGACUGGCAGCACUGCUGGGCUGCACUGGUGGGUGGCACUGGUGGGCAGCACUGGUGGGUGGGCACAGGUGGGUGACACUGGUGGGCACAGGUGGGUGGGCACAGGUGGGUGGCACUGCUGGGCACAGGUAGGUGGCACUUCUGGGCACAGGUGUGGGACACUGCAGAGUGGCACAGGUGGGUGCACUGCCGGGCACAGUGGGCGGCACUGCUGGGCACAGGUGGGCGGAACUUGCGGGUGGCACUGCUGG